AUGGCUGCUCAGCAAAACCAGCCGACGCCGACUCCGACUAGCACCAACACCAGCACCAGCACCAGCACCAGCACCAGCACCAGAACCAGUUCCAGAACCAGCACCAGCGCCAAUACCAGCACCGCAUUGUCCAACGCAAACAACGUGGGCUCGACGAGGAAUAAAGCCGCGCCGUCCUCUCCUGGCCGACUAGGACCAGCUCCCGCCCAGCAGCAGCAGCAACAGCAGCCGCCCGUCAAAGCGACGCCUCCGCCUGCUGCCACCACUUUAACUACUGGUACUGCUACUCCUAAUAAUACUACCACCACUACCACCACCACCACUGGCGCGGCCAACAGAGGCUCUGGAAUCAUUGAAGCUUCCCCCGACGGGCCCAUUGCUUCCCUGAACAACUUUCGUCAACACCACGCCACUGCAUCCACCAGCAGCACCAUCUCGUCGUCGCUGUCGUCGACCCGUUCCCAGAAGUCCGGAGGUUUAUUUGCAUUUGCCCGCUCCUUUUCCAACUCGUCGUCGUCGGCCUCGUCUUCGGCCUUUGCAGAGCCCACCGUCCGCCCCCGCAACUCGUCGACCGCCCUCGGACUCGGCCGCCAGAACCGCCUGUCCAUUGCGCUAGAUUCACCGUCCAGUGCUGGUGAAUUGUCUCCCCGCUUUCGCCUUUCUCCCACCAACACCAGCUCGUCCGCGGCCACGACUCCAACCCUCCUCAGCCCUCACCUUGACCCAAAGCGAUCCAGCCAGUCCUCGCUCCUGGGCGAUCCCAUCACCAGCCCCUACAGCGAGACAAACCCAAACACUCAACCGCCCAUCCGCCUCCCUGUUGCGCACAACAAGAUGCAUCAGACGUCGUCGAGGUUGCUCCGUAUGACGGACGACGACCGUCCGUUCACAAGGGACUUCAAGGACUUGUUUUCGACUCUCAUCGUCAGUUUGCUGCCGCUUUCCGCACAUCGCGUUCGCUUGACCAGAGUGGAACACACAUUUCUGUCGGAAGAUGCAAUCAACAACCUUGGCUCGCUCAAGUUUUCGCAGUCCAACCGCAUGCCGGACCCCAAGGACCCUUCCCGUAUUGUAACAACCACUACGACUACCACUUUCUCCAUGGCCAAGGAUAUGGCGAGGUCAAUAUGUCAGCGGUUUGUAGAAGCACGAUUCAUCGAGUCUGCCGAUGGCAAGCUGCAGCAGGUUUACACCAUGAAGGGCUCGGUCUGGCAACUAACAUCCAAGGGUGUCGCUAUUCUGGAUCAGUUCUGCUCGCGCAAUGGAAUCCAACAGAGACAGAUUGGUGAUUUGGUGGCGACGGGUGUCAGCCAAUUGGUCACUCUUGAGCGAGAUGCCCAGUCGGAUAAGAUUGUUAUGGACAGAGGAACGAUGGAGGUGAUUUUCAGAAGAUUCUGCGGUCACAACGGCCUCAACCUGAAGUCCAGCGUCAGCACCGCAGACUCCGACUCUUUAAGUGACUACCGCGACGGCAUGACGGGUGUCAAGAUGGCAGUGGAGCGUAAGAUCACGGGCAAGACGUACAAGGAGACUUUCACGGGCAAGGCUUGUUCCGACUGGUUGAUGGACUGCGCCUCGACUGUAGACCGCCGAGAGACCUACGAGAUGGCUUCCCUGUUUGUCGAAUACGGACUGAUGGAGUCGGUACAACAAGACCGAGGCUACAUAGCCUCCUCUCCGUCUGCCGCUCUUUUCCAACCUACCAAGAACUCGAUCUACCAGAUGACGACUCGGGGCAGAGAGGUUUUCAACGGCGCCGGUGGCCGAGGCCGCACCUCGGAGAGCGAGAGCACCGUGUCAUCUCGACCCGGUAUCGCCCGAGACUCGAAUACUCAACGAUUAGACAAGAUCCUUAACGAUGCUGCCCUGAGGCUGCUGUUCCGCGAGAACUUGCGCGAGACUCACUGCGAAGAGAAUCUUUCCUUCUACCUGGACGUGGAUGAGUUCGUGCGAAGCUGCCGACAGGCUAUCCGCUCCGCCCAGAAGAACCCGAAUGCCACGUCGAUGGACGGGAUCAAGGAAAUCAUGGCUCAAGCCUACGGCAUCUACAACGCCUUCCUCGCCCCCGGUUCUCCCUGCGAGCUGAACAUUGAUCAUCAGCUCCGCAACAACCUGGCGACACGUAUGACAAAGGCCGUCGGCCAGGAUGUCGCCAUGAUCGACACGUUGCACGAAGUCACGGCACUUUUCGAGGAUGCCCAGAACGCCGUUUUCAAGUUGAUGGCCAGCGACUCGGUGCCGAAAUUCCUGCGCAACCCUAAAUACGAGAACACGCUGAAGAACUACGACUUUGACACGAUUACACAGCCUGGUGGUCGCAUCCCCGAGCGAAGCCAGAGCCGGUCCAACCGCAAGUGA